CUCCUUGAUCGGCAGCCCUUCUCAUAUCACGUGAUGUGGGCAGAAUACUCAAUGCGGCUUCAUUUCGGCGGACGUUUCGUACGCUCCAUGUGGCCAAUUAGUGCCUGAAAGCAUCAGCAUGGAAAUGAUGAAGAUAGAGCAAGUCAUUGUUGGGAAUGAGAAGAGAUCCACCUCAGCGGAGAUCAAGUCUGAGCCCGUGGUCGCCCCUCUACAGUCCUAUCAGCACGAGAGUCUGCAAUGUUUUCAGUGCUUCAUCACCUUCUGUAACUCCAAAGCCAAGGAGAGACACAUGAGGAAGAGUCAUCGGGACCAGUACAAACAGCACCUGCAGCAGACUGAUACAGUCUUCACUUGCUAUAAGUGUGACAAGAGCUUCUCCUACUCUGAGGAGCUAAGCCAGCACCAGGCCACCCACAGCACUGAGGAGAAGCCUUUCCUUUGUGCUUACUGCCAGAAAAACUUCUUUACCUUCACUGAGCUGAACAAACACAGACGACAUGAGUGCAUUGAACGACGGUGUCCCUGCAGGGACUGUGGCGCCUUGUUCCCAAGCCCUUCACGCCUCCGCAACCAUCGCAUUGCAGUGCACCCCCAGCGCCCCAUAGUGGCUGAUGACAUCAACACCUACCAGUGCUGCAAAUGUAGUCGCAGUUUUAAGACAGAAGAAGAGCUUCUGGAGCACCAGGAAAAAUUUGCCAAUGAUAAAAACUGUGACGUUAAGCCGCAAGGCAAAAAACGUGGCCGUAAACCCAAGAACGCGGCUCAAGGAGGGAUGGUUGAGAGCAAGAAGAUCAAACAAGAAGACGAAGAAGGAUACAAUGACUCUACAACAGACGGUUGCCCCUCCAGUGAGCUGCAACCGGAGCUCAAGAUCCCUUGUUCCGAAGCAAACUGUGACCUCAUAUUCCCUUCUGUUGCAGCCCUGCGGGCACACAAAAGGGAGGCACAUGGCCCCCCCCCUCACAAUGCUCACACAUGUACAGAGUGUGAUGAGAGCUACGCACGGCCUGAGCAGCUCAAAGCACACAUGGCCAGGGAUCACCAUGAUGGAUACACCUGCCCCAUCUGUGAAAAGAGCUUUGAACGAGAGAGCACCCUUAAGAUCCACCAGAACACCCACACUGAAGGAGAGGAGGCAACAGAAACAAGAUAAUAUAUGUGGAAAAGACUGUAACUUCAUCCUAAAUAAUUCACUUAUGUUGUGUUUUGUACUAUAGUCUGUCUAGUAUAGGUAGAAGAUUUUUAUGUGAAUAUUUUAGGGUGAGAGUUUUUGAAGCAAGGUUAUGCAACACAUGACUAAUGGAAGUUGUUUCUGGAAUGCUGUUUUUCAAUUGCUUUAAGGAAGACAUCCUUCACUUGCGAAUAAAACUCUGUACAGAUGUAUACAUUAAUAUGAUUUAUUUCCACUAUAAGCUCAAGUCACAAGGCCCUUGUUGCCAUAUUACCUCUAUUGUACCUUGAAUGUUUUUUUAUUCAUGUAGACUAGCUAGCUAAUAUCCCUUCAAAUGUUGGAAUGUUUUGUAUUUUCAAGAUAACCACAGGUCCUAAAAAUCAUAAAAUCCCCAAUCUGAAAAGUGGCCCGUGUAUAUGAUUCUGUAAUAAGGGACUUCAGUAAUGUUACCUGCAGGUUUUAUUUUUUUUCUCUC